UUUUAUUCCCCUCUCAUAAAUUUCCCUUGUCAUUAAAAAAAAAGGUUGUACUCCUAUCUAAAAGAGUAAGCAAUUGAUAUUGAAGCUUAUAAUGGCAAGCACGAGCUGUAUUACAACGUGUGAUGAACGUCCUCUAGACGAGACACCAACAUGGGCUGUAGCCAUGGUUUGCUUUGUAUUAGUUAUCAUCUCCCUUUUCAUUGAACAACUUAUUCAUCACCUUGGAGAGUGGUUAUGGAAGAAACAAAAGAGACCACUAUAUGAAGCACUUGAGAAGAUCAAGUCAGAACUUAUGUUAUUGGGGUUCAUAUCAUUAUUCUUGACGGCUGUACAGGAUCCUGUGUCUAAGAUAUGUAUCCCUAGGAGUGUUGGACGCUCUUGGCAUCCAUGUGACAUAAACAAACAUCUUGAUGACCAAUAUCUUGAUCCAUGUAGAAUUAAGGGGAAACUCCAAUUUGCUUCAAAAUAUGCAAUUCACCAACUCCACAUUUUUAUCUUUGUGUUAGCAGUUGCACAUGUGUUGUAUUGUAUUACAACUUUGGGAAUUGGCAAACUAAGGAUGAGGACAUGGAGAGCUUGGGAGGAUGAAUCUAAAACAAUAGAGUACCAAUUCUAUAACGAUCCGGAGAGAUUUAGAUUUACAAGACAAACAUCAUUUGGACGUAAACAUUUGCAUUUCUGGAGCAACUCUCCAAUUCUUCUCUGGAUAGUUUGUUUCUUCAGACAGUUCUAUGCAUCGGUUGAAAAAGUAGACUAUCUUACCCUUAGACAUGGCUUUGCAAUGGCACAUUUAGCACCUCAGCAAGAAAAUAAUUUCGAUUUCCAGUUGUAUAUUAAUAGAGCACUUGAAGAAGAUUUUACAGACGUCGUGGGAAUAAGUCCAGUGUUAUGGAUGUUUGCAGUUCUCUACUUUCUCACAACUACCAAUGGUUGGUAUUCAUACUAUUGGCUGCCAUUCAUUCCUUUAAUUAUUAUAUUACUGGUGGGCACAAAAUUACAAGUAAUUAUAACAAAAAUGGGAUUAAGGAUUCAAGAAAGAGGAGAGAUUGUUAAAGGGACACCAUUAGUUGAACCAGGAGAUGAUCUUUUCUGGUUUAAUCGCCCUGCUCUUUUGCUCUUCUUCAUUCACUUUGUUCUCUUUCAGAAUGCAUAUCAACUUGCUUUCUUUGCUUGGAGCUGGUGGAAAUUUAAUUUACCAUCUUGCUUCCACAAGAAUGCAACAGACAUAGCCAUAACACUUUCCAUGGGGGCUCUCAUUCAAGUUCUUUGUAGCUACGUGACACUCCCCCUAUAUGCCUUGGUUACUCAGAUGGGAUCAACGAUGAAACCAGUUAUCUUUGGUGACAACGUGGCAUCCGCGAUACGGACAUGGCAUCAGACAGCAAAGCAACGGGCAAAAAACGGGCGUCCAUCGGAAAAUGUGAGUCCAGUGAGAAGCAGGGCAGCGUCACCAUUGCGUGGAGGUUCCUUCACAGUUCAACAAAAACAUGGACAAUUAUAUCCUCCAUCACCUAAUUCUUCGCGGAGGAGGAGUGAAGGUAAUCCAGAAUCGAGUUCUAGGCAAAUCUUUGAUGCUGGAAGUCAUGAACAAUCUGAAAUUGAGAUUACCUUGAAUGAUUUCUCACUUGAAAACAAAUUAAAUUGAAC